GGCUGACCAUUGGCUAACCAUACUUUCCAAACGUCACGUUUGUCAAUUGUCAUUAUGUCACUAAUGAAUUCUAUAUUGUGAUUUUUCUUCAAACAUAUUUGGAAAAUUGAAAAAUUAUCCGUAUUUAUUGAGUGCAGGAAUACAGAUGGUUGCCAAUUAUAUAUGUCAAACAGCAAUUAAAAGGCUUGCUGUGUUGUGAGAAUUGACAUGACGUUGGAAGAUCCCUUUUUUGUUGUAAAAGAGUAAGCAAGAUGAGUGUUUUUUGCAUGCUUGCUAUUUACGAAUGAACGCUUUAGAAAUCAUCAAGUACAGUUGCAUAAGACUUCGUUUUCUUACUUCAAUCUGCAGUGAAGUUUUCAAAGCUCUGAACAAGACAAGAGGCCUUUACCUCAGAUGGGCUGAACUACAAGAGGACUCUGUAUGUAUCACAAAAGAAGAGAUUGAAUGGACCAAUAAUGAACUAAAAAACUCAUUGAGGAGUAUAGAAUGGGAUCUUGAAGACUUGGAAGACACUAUUGAUAUUGUAGAAAAAAACCCAUCUAAAUUCAAGAUAGAUAAUAAGGAAAUCACAACUAGAAAAAGGUUUAUUGAUUCUACAAAGAACGAAGUGAAGUUGAUGAAAGAAAAAAUCAGCAUGAGUCGCAACAGAGAAAAAGACUGUGUUGCAAGGCAGCCUCUUCUGGACAGCAGUCCUUCCAGGUCAUCCAAUGCUCACAGUACUACCAAAUAUUCAAAGCUGGAGAAUGAUCUGGACAGCCCCCAAAGGCAGUUCCUCAACCAGACAAUGAGUACACAGCAGUACCUGACUAGGCAGCAAGAAGAACACUUGGAGGCUAUUGGUGACUCACUGGGCUCAUUAAAAACUGUUUCUAAGCAUAUAGGCAUAGAAUUGGAUGAACAAACAGGCAUGCUAGAUGAAUUUGGCACGGAGCUAGAAAAUGCUGAUUCAAAGCUUGAUAGUACUAUGAAAAAGGUGGCCAAAGUGUUGAAAAUUUCAAAUGAUAGGAGGCAAUGGACAGCUAUAAUAGUACUUGUUGUUAUUCUCUUAAUUGUGAUAAUUUUAUUUUUUGUACUGUGAUUUUUAUGUUGCCAAUAUUAAUUUUAAGAUCAACUUUUGACAAGUACAAAUGGAUUUCUUGGAUACUACAACAAUUUGCAAAAUGUUACAUUACAGUGAUAUAUUUGAAAAUAUUUCAUUUAAACUGCUUUUUAGUUGAUAUAUCUACAAUAUUAUUUUCGAGACUGACAAGUUUUUGUUUCUAAUACAUGGUAUGAUUCUUGAAUAACUGAUAGAAUACACUCUGUAGCGCCGACAUGUUUGAGAUAUAUUUAUUAUUUUUCUAGAUAGUGUCAUAUUUUUAUUUAUACUAUGUAUAUUUUAUAGAGAACAUAUUUUUAUGUAAUGUAAAUAUUUUUUCAAGCAUGCUCAUUUCUUUUAUACAUUGAACUGAUGAAAACUCCAUUAUUUAUAUAAAUAUAUUUAUUACAUAAUUCUACUUCAUAUCACAAUAAUGCUGGUUCAGAUUGAAGGGGGAUAAGAAAGUAAUUCAUGAAAAGGUAUUGGAUUUGCAGUUUCUCCAAAUUCAAACGAUAUAGCUUUAUUGUAUUUAGACCAUAUUUGAGAGGUAUAUAUGUUGCGAUAACCUCCCUAGCCCCUAGCAUAGUAUAAUACUCAAAUAAAUUCUCAAAGCUUAUUUAUUAGGUGUUUUUUCAAGUUUUUGAAAGCUUAUUGGAAUACACGAUGAAGAUUAUCAUUUAUGUUGUAUUCCAAGAAAAUAUAUUUAUGAUUUCUAGGCCAAUGAUCGAAAUGUUUUUUUUUUUCGUUUUAUUGUAUCCUAAAUAAUCUUCAUGUAUACGUAGUCAUGUUGAAUACAACAUGAAUCUACUCUUUUGCUGCCGUAAAAGCAGUUCCAAAGUCAUGUUGUCUGCCUUCAACAAACUUUACACACUGUAUGAUCAUUUACGAAACAAUGAAUAUCUUAAUAACAUUACGACAUCAUUGGUAUCCAUAAAUAGAAGUAUAUCAUAUAAUGACUUCCCUUCCUAUAUGAAAAUGUAAGCUUGAAAAAUAUGUAUAUCUUGUUUUAAUUCUUCAAUUUGUACUGAACCUCAUUGUUACAGUUUAUAAUAGCAGUUCGAAAACAUUGCACAAUAUUUUUUUAUUAUUAGUGUUGUUAUGUAGUUGAAUAGCUGUUAUAUACAUAGUUAUUAUAUUGCGAAGUCAUAUUAGAUUGUCUACUUAUAUAUCACUAUUGGGUAAUAAAUAUAUAGUGUGCACACAG